AUGAGUUACAUGCUCGGGCAUUUGCAUAAUGGAUGGCAAGUAGACCAGGCUAUCUUAUCAGAAGAGGACAGAGUUGUGGUAAUUCGGUUUGGACAUGACUGGGAUCCCACAUGCAUGAAAAUGGAUGAAGUAUUGUAUAAUAUUGCAGAAAAAGUAAAGAAUUUUGCAGUGAUAUAUCUUGUGGACAUUACAGAAGUACCAGACUUUAAUAAAAUGUAUGAAUUGUAUGACCCCUGCACAGUGAUGUUCUUCUUCCGAAACAAGCAUAUAAUGAUUGAUCUUGGAACUGGUAACAAUAAUAAGAUAAAUUGGCCACUUGAAGAUAAGCAGGAAAUGAUUGAUAUAAUUGAAACAGUAUAUCGGGGCGCACGUAAAGGCAGAGGUCUAGUUGUUUCACCUAAAGAUUAUUCCACCAAAUACAGAUAUUGA